AAUGGCCGAUCUUAAGCAAAUCACCCUUAAGGAAAUUGCCGAGCACAACACAAACAAAUCAGCAUGGCUUGUAAUUGGAAACAAGGUGUUUGAUGUGACCAAGUUCUUGGACGAGCAUCCGGGAGGUUGCGAGGUCCUUCUUGAGCAGGCUGGAAGUGAUGGAACUGAGGCAUUCGAGGAUGUUGGGCACUCCACUGACGCUAGGCAUAUGAAGGACGAGUAUUUGAUCGGAGAAGUCGUUGCAUCUGAGAGAAAAACCUACUCGUAUGACAAGAAGCAAUGGAAGUCUACCACCGAACAGGAUAACAAGCAGAGAGGAGGAGAGUCAAUGCAAACCGACAACAUUGUUUACUUCGCCCUUCUUGCUGUCAUUGUUGCUCUUGUUUAUUAUCUUAUCGCUGCGUAAUCACUGUUGAUCCACUAUUUUCGCCAUGAUUUUGAAAACUGGGGCAUUAUCUUACUUAAAAAAAACUGAUUUUUUUUUCAUUGUUAUCCAAUAAAUGUCAUUUUGUGAUUUUAUUAUCGAAAAUAAAUACAUCACUGUGAUUAACAUAUGUACACUG